CCUUAAUUGGAGACACCUUUGGUUAAUGAUUGCAGUGCUGGAGUUUGAGUAUAAAACAGGCAGAUAACCAAUUCUCAUUUUACCUUCACUGUCUGUCACAAUGUCUUUCUCUGGAAAAUACCAGCUUGAGUCUCAGGAGAACUUUGAACCCUUCAUGAAGGCCAUUGGUCUCCCUGAUGAACUCAUCCAGAAAGGUAAAGACAUAAAGAGCAUCUCUGAGAUCGAGGAGACUGGCGACUCCUUCAAAGUGACAGUCACUACUGGCUCAAAGGUCUUAGUCAACAACUUCACCAUUGGAAAGGAGGCAGAGCUGGAGACCAUCACUGGAGAGAAGGUCAAGACGGUGGUUCAGCGUGAAGGCAACAAGUUGACAGUCUCCCUGAAGGGAAUCGAGUCUGUCACAGAACUGGUGGAUGGGAACACAAUUGUCAAUACUAUGACUCUUGGUGGAAUUGUGUACAAGAGGACAAGCAAACGCAUGUAAAUUUCUGCACUUGGGGUAAUAAAUGUAAAACUCAGAA